AUGGCAGAAAGCGACCAAGCGUCGGAGCCAGACGAUGGAGCCGGUAAAAGUUGUGAGUAUUACACAGCGUCGUCGGUAUUUGGAUGUUCCGGAAGCAUAACGAAUUUUCCUUGCAGUGUCUUUGCCCUGGUUACCAUGGGACUCACAGUGUACUUAACAAAUUGCCUUAUUCGGCUUUCGACGGUCACGUGUGGAUUUCUAGCGUUUCUUGCUGGCAUACUGACUCAUCACUGGUACUGGCUUCAUGGUGUCAAGCUAACUCGAAGAGAAAUGAUUUUCUUUGAUGAAGCGAAUCUCCUCGAGACCUCAAACUUAUUCGAAUAUAACCAUGGGCCGAACACUGAGGGAACAACGCCUUUUUCAGGUCCAGAAGUGAGCCCCGAUGCGCCUACGACUAUUUGGCAAGCACUGUUCUGCGACGACAAACAGCUCCAGAUGCAAAAGUUCUACAAAGAGCACUACGGUCCAGUCUGGGAAACUGCAAGAAGAAGAGAACAAGAAUGGAAGGCAAUACAUUCACCUGUCAGUGAUCAUACUCCUCCUCAUCAUGUUAUUUUAUUCGGAGCAGAGUCCUUCGUCAGCCGGGCAUGGUAUGAGUAUGGCCUUACCCUAGUAGAUGUAGAAGUCAUAGUAUCGUAA